AUGACUGACCUCACCAUCCGGAACCUCACCGCCACCCCACUCGAGCUCAAGCUCGUGGAGCGGUUUGACGGGCAGCCGGUGAAAAAUGGGGGAGACAAUCGUAUGGGAAACAUCACGAGCAGGAUCACGGGCAUCUUCAACUCGUCCUCGGUGGCCCCCAAUGUGACACCGCAGGGCGACGCACGCGAUCGCCGGGAUGUCUCCAUCCCGCUCCCCUGCUUUGGAAACACCACCACCGAUGUCAAGGCCGCGGACCCCAAUGGCCGCGAGGUGGUGCGGCUGACUUUCGAGUCUGAGGGCCACCGGUACGAGGUCGACGUGCCGACCUCCUCGCGGCGCAGUACCGUGCUCAAGAAGCUGGACGAUGGGCCCCGCGAGUUCACAGCCGUGUAUGUUGCUUCGGGCUCGUGCCUCUCCAUCUUCAGCUCCGCGAACCUGGGCAGCUGGAUGCAGGAGUUGCGGGACGACUGGCCGCUGUCGGCCUUGUCCAUCCCGGGCACGCACAACAGCCCAACCUGCCACGUCGCUCUCCCCUCAGUCCGAUGCCAGGCCGCCAACGUGCGUGAGCAGCUCGACAACGGCGUGCGGUUCUUCGACGUUAGAUUGCAGACCAGCCCGGACAACUCGGACUUGAUCCUGGUGCACAGUGCGUUCCCGAUCUCUCUGACGGGCAACAAAUACUUCCACGACAUGCUCAACGACGUCUACGCCUUCCUGGACGCCAACCGCUCCGAGACUCUCAUCAUGAGCCUCAAGCGUGAGGGCACGGGGAAAGGCACGGAUCAGCAGCUGUCCAAGUAUCUGCGGGAUCGGUACUGCGGCGAUGGGAACCGGUGGUUCACGGAACCGCGGAUCCCGCGCCUGGGCGAGGCCCGGGGCAAGGUGGUGCUGCUCCGGCGCUACGGCAACGACGAGUCGCUCAACGGCGAGCACGGCGGGCGGGGCUUCGGGCUCGACACGAGCGAGUGGCCGGACAACUGCGACGACAAGGUGACGGGCGGGCCGGGGCUGGCGCGGGUGCAGGACUUCUACGAGAUGGACCAGAGCCACAACAUCGGCAAGAAGAUCGACCUGGCGCGGGCGCACCUGGAGCGCGCGGGCGAGCCCACGUGCCCCUUCGGCGACCCGGCGGCGCCCGACCACCUGCCCUUCUUCGUCAACUUCCUGUCGGCGAGCAACUUCUUCAACGCCAACUGCUGGCCCGAGAAGAUCGCCGCCAAGGUCAACCCGGCCAUCGUCGAGUACCUGUGCCUGAACCACGGCGAGGCCGGCAGGGGCCCGAAUAAUCUGGGCGUCGGCGAUGCGUGUACGGGCAUCGUGGUCACCGACUGGGUCGGCCUCGGCGGCGACUGGGAUCUGAUCCGGUGUAUCGUGGGAUGGAACGCACGACUGCAGCUGAAGCAAUAG